UUUUUUUUUUUGUUGACAAGUUCAAAAGAGGUUUUGGGAGAGACCUCGAAACGAACUCUCGCUGACUCUCUCUACCGUGAUUUUCUUCAUAAAGUUCCCUCCAUUGAAGGUCUUUGUUGGCUUGUCCUGCAUUUACAGAAGUCCCGUCUUCUCUGUCAGAACAAGGAGCGUUGAUGGUAGUUCAUCUUGUGCACUAACUUACAAGCUUGUGGGGUUUGGUCAAGGAAGAUACUCUGUGAUUGUUCCAGUGACUUGUGGCUCUGAUGGAGAUAUCUCUGUUAAAAGUGCUUCUCAAUAAUAUCUCCUCCUUUUCUCAUCUAUCAUCAUUUGAGAAUGUAAUCUCUGGUCUGGUCCAGAAGUAUUUUCAGAAGACAGAAGAGAUACUGAAGCUUCUAAAGCCCAUACUUGAUUCUGUUGUUGAUUGUGAAAUAGCUUCCAAUGAGAUGCUUAAUAAAGCCUUUGCAGAGCUGAGUCAAUCUAUCGAUGAACUCAGGGAGCUCUUCGUAAACUGGCAGCCAUUAUCAAGCAAAGUAUUUCUGGUUCUUCAAACUGAACCAUUGUUGUCAAAGAUCCGAAGUUUGGGCCUGGAAAUAUUUCAGUUCUUGAAAUCUGCCAAUGAACAUCUUCCUGAAGAAUUGAGUUCGUCGUCUCUUGAGGUACCUUUCUCUUGUAUACAUCAUGGAUUUUUUUUUUUAAACUUGGUUGCAAAAUAAACCAUUCAUGCUGCCAUUGAGAUGACAAGAUUAAGUGCUUUGUUUCCUCAUGAUGUCCAAUAACCUGGCACAACUCCCUGCAGUAUUGCAUACAAAAAUUGAAGCAAAUGGGAGUGGAAAAUACGUCAUCUACUGUUAAGGAGGGCUUAAAGGAUCAAGAGGAAGGUGCUGGAACAACUGGCUCUGAUAUCUUAGUCAGAAUUGCUGAGAGUCUCAGCUUAAGAACCAAUCAGGAGAUUCUUAUCGAAGCAGUGGCACUUGAAAAAUUGAAAGAGACUGCUGACCAGGCUGAAAAGAACGGGGAAGUUGAGUUUUUCGAUCAACUCAUUGCUCUUGUAACCAGGAUGCACGAUCGGCUUCUCCUCAUCAAACAGUCCGAAACCAGCAGCCCAGUCCCUAUACCACCUGAUUUCUGCUGCCCUCUCUCACUUGAAUUGAUGACUGAUCCAGUUAUUGUGGCAUCAGGGCAGACCUAUGAACGGGCGUUUAUAAAAAACUGGAUUGAACUUGGACUCACUGUGUGCCCCAAGACACGGCAUACUCUGGCUCACACUAAUCUCAUACCUAAUUACACCGUGAAGGCCUUGAUUGCAAAUUGGUGUGAAUUGAACAAUGUUAAGCUGCCAGUUCCUGUGAAGUCUGUGCAUCCCUCAUCAGCAGAACCACCUCGUUCUCUGAGCUCGCCUGGCCCAAUUUUGGUGUCGUCUAGUGGAUUUCAUAGAGAUGGAAGUUCUCUGUUACAUCCACGUUCAACUUCCGAGAGUUCUCUAUCAGGCAUAGUCGCAAAUGGCCAGGAUAUAGAUAUUGCUCGUAUAUCACUGACCGGUUCUGAAGAAAGGUUUGCUAACUCAGAGGAAAGGAUCAUAGAUUCUAUUGCAUCACCAUCUAGAAUGGAGGAAGUUUCAGAUUCUGUUGUUGCAGCUGACGACUCCCCCCUUUCGAGGAGGAGCCAUGGUAGAAGUGCCUCUGCUGCAAAUGCAACUUCUCCUAGAAGAUCAUCUGGAGAUGAUGCUAGUGAGUCUUUGGAGGUGCCCAAUCAUCUUAUUGCUUCAUACAAUAGCGACACAUCUGGGGAAGUAAAAUCUGAAAUGCCACGGGUGGUUUCUUCUGCUGCUGCAUCAAACAGCUCUCUUCACAGGGAACCCGAAUUCUCGCCUCGUUUUGUUGAGACUCGAUCUCGAAGUCAACCAUUUUGGCGCCGCCCGUCUGAUAGGCUUCUCCCACGGAUAGUUUCUUCUCCUACGACUGAAACAAGAGCUGAUCUCUCUGGCCUCGAAACCCAAGUCAAAAAGUUGGUUGAAGAUUUGAAUAGUGAUUCUAUUGAUACGCAGAGAGAAGCAACAGGUCAGCUCAGAUUACUUGCAAAACACAAUAUGGAUAACCGGAUUGUGAUCUCCAACUGUGGGGCCAUUACCUUGUUGGUCAACUUGCUCCGGUCAACUGACUUGAAGAUUCAAGAAAAUGCUGUCACAGCACUUUUAAACUUGUCGAUCAACGAUAACAAUAAAACUGCGAUUGCUAAUGCUGAAGCCAUUGAGCCUUUGAUAUAUGUUCUUGAAACUGGAAGCCAUGAAGCUAAAGAGAACUCAGCUGCUACACUCUUCAGCCUGUCAGUGAUAGAGGAAAACAAGGUCAGGAUUGGAAGGUCUGGAGCAAUUGGACCACUGGUGGAUUUGUUGGGGAAUGGUACUCCGAGAGGGAAGAAGGACGCCGCAACAGCAUUGUUUAAUUUAUCAAUAUUUCAUGAGAACAAGGCUCGGAUUGUUGCAGCUGGUGCCGUAAAGCAUCUGGUGGAGUUGAUGGACCCAGCAGCUGGAAUGGUGGACAAAGCAGUCGCUGUUUUGGCGAACCUCGCAACGAUCCCCGAGGGGAGAAAUGCCAUUGGUCAGCAAGGAGGGAUCCCUGUUUUGGUGGAAGUUGUUGAGUUGGGUUCUGCCAGAGGGAAAGAGAACGCAGCUGCUGCUCUUUUGCAGCUUUGCACGAACAGUAACAGGUUCUGCAACAAUGUGCUCCAAGAAGGUGCUGUGCCGCCAUUAGUGGCGUUGUCACAGAAUGGCACUCCCAGAGCUAAAGAGAAGGCGCAGUCACUCCUUAGCCACUUCAGGAACCAACGGCAUGGAAACCCGGGUAGGAACUGAUAUGUUGAGUACAAGAGAGACAAAAAGGUGCCAUUGGUCAUUGCUGAGGUUUUUAUUCUGGAAAAAAAAAACCAUAUACAUAGUGUGUGUACAUUUGUUGUCAUGAAGGUGCAAAUAACGCAUAUUAAGAUUGAGGAUCAUCUACGUGAUUUUGAUUAGUUGUUUGUAGAGAGUAAACAAAAUGGAUAUAUGAGAGGACAUGAUUAUGUCGUUUUUAGUGAAAGUGAAGUCGUUUCCUGUCAAUUUGGGAAAUGAUUAUAUAUCUCUACAUUCAUGUUUAUCC